UUUGGCAUAAAUUCAAUUCAAGUCUUAUGUAUAAUUAUUUAAUGAAAGCAGGAAUUAUGUGAUAAACCAAUGAAAAUCAAUUAGAUCUAACUUAGAUAUGAGAGUAGUUUUGUUGAUUAAUAGUAUUAUUUUUAUACAGCUCCAAUUGAAUCCAAUUUUUUGAUUAAGUUCAAUCUGGAUAAUAAUGUAACAUUGGGAAAUAUGCAAUUGACUCUUAGAUUACCAAAAAAAUAUGGAAGAGAAUCAAUAUCUAUUGUAGAAAUGGAAGGAAGUUAUUAACUUAUAAAUAAGAAAUCAAUAUUUAAAGUUCCAAAUUUUGAUGCUACUCAAAAUAUAAAUGUGGAGUCAAUUCAUUAUAUAUUAAUAAAUAGAUGUGUUAUUGGUAAGAUUAUUAAAGAUUUAUAAAAAACAUUUGGUAAAUGGACUGUUUUAAUUGGUAAAUAUUCUUGUAUGAAGAAAUUGAGUGUUUUGAAAUAUGAUACUUAUAUUUAAAUUGAGGAGAACUAAUUUGUUACAUUUCUAUAGACAAAUUAGAAAUUGUUAGAAGAUGUUAUAAAAUUAGACUUCUUUAUACAUAAUGAUAAUAAAUUAGAAUAUCAUUAUUAUUUGAAUAAUGAAUUAGUUCAUUAAGAAUUUAUUGUUAAGAAUACUUUACAAUAAACUAGUAAUGAAAGUAAUUGUGAACCAUAUGGAUAAAGAAUAAGCUUAGGAUACUAUUAUACAAAUUAUAAUAAUUCAAAUGAAUUAAUUAAUAUUGCUUAUAAUACUUUAGUAAUUAUAAAAUUAUAUUAUUUUAGUCUUAUUGUCCAAAUGGAUAUAUUCAUAUUUAUGAUAACAAUAAUGUAGAUGAAUUAGUAUCUCUUACUGAAGUUAGAAUUUUGAAUAUGAGUUAGAUUUACGAGAAUACAUCUUACUAAUUUACAUAUGUUACAUAUAUCAAUAUUGUGUCUUUAAAUUAAUCUAUAUUACCAAAUUUAGGUUAAAUUUAUAAUUAUCAGAUAUUUGGAGACACAAAUUAAUAGAGUCUCAAUUAUUAAUUUAAAGUACCUUUAAAAGAAUAUGAUAACUAAGUACAUAAAGUAAUUUUCUUUGGGGACAUGGAUUCUAAUUGGACUGGAAAUAAAUCAAGAUAAACAUUUGAUUGGUUUUAGUCCAUUCAAAAUAAUUAAAGUGAUUAUGAUGUACUCAUAUUUGAAGGAGACAUGGCAUAUGAUUUAGAAUCUUUGGAUUGUUAAUAAGGUGAUUGGUGGUUAAGAAAUAUGACUACAUUUACAUCUUAUUAUCCUUUAUUACCAACUCCUGGAAAUCAUGAUUCUGGUGAUAAUUAUGAAUUCGACUUUUAUAGAAUCUCUUUUUUAUCUCCUGAAAAACCAAUUAACACAUAAGAUAAUUAUUACAAUUUUUAUAGUGUUGAUUUAGGAUUAGUUCAUUAUAUAUUUUAUAAUCCCACAAAUAUUGUAUAUAAUGAAUGCAAUUAAACUGAAAUUGAUUUUAUGGUUUCUAUUAUGGAAAAUGAUUUAAUAGAGGCAACCAAGAACAGAGAUUAAAUUCCUUGGAUUAUUGUAAAUAGUCAUUAUCCUAUGUAUUGUAGUGAUGCUACUGAUCCUAUGUGUUCAUAAAAUUUUAUUGCACUUUAACCAUUUGCAGAAUUAUUCAGUAAAUAUGGAGUUGCAAUUUAUAUGUCUGCACAUUAACAUAAUUAUGAAAGGGAUGCUCCAUUUAUAUAUAAUUAAUCAUAAAAUAAUACAGGUCUUAUAACUGAUGGUCCUGAAUAACAUUUAAUUAUGAAUUCAGCAGCUCCAGUAUAUAUUAUUGAAGGAUCUGCAGGUUAAGAAUAUUUUACACCAUUAGUGCCUUGUAAUUAUAAAUUAUUUAUUUAAUUUAGAUCCAGCAUAACCCUACACAGUAUAUUAGACUGGUUAUAAUGAUGGUAUAGGCAUUUUAUAUAUUUAAAAUGAGACUCAUUUGUAUUUUGAAUAAAUAGAUCUUGUUGAAAAUAGGGUUGUGGAUUAUUUUUGGGUAGUACAAACAAGAGGACUUACUAGUGAGAAGACAUUCAAUAUAUUAUUAUGGGUUAUAUUAGCAUUUGCAAUGGUUUUGGUUAUUGGAUUAGCAAUAUUUUAUGUAAUGAGAAGGUAAAUGAUAAAGGAGAAAUUAUUAAAUUGA